GCUUCCCAAAGAGCAGCCGGCCUCAGAUCUGGCACCGCAGGACGCGCACAAGUCAGUGGAGUCAGUCCGCCUCCUGCUUCCUUCAACCAUGCAGCCAACAGGACUCACAGCCCGGCAGUGACAAGUGUCUCCAAAGUGGCGAGAACUGAUCCGUCUGAGCGAGCAGAGUGUGCGCAAAGAGAUCGAGGACAAACUGUGCAUAAUUUUUCUUUUCGCUUUAUUCUUGGAGCUAAAAACAGGCGGAGUUGAGCGUUUCUGGAGGAUUUUUUUUUAUCCUGAUUUUUUAUCUAAAGGGGAAUAUUUUGUGCUCAAGACUUCUCACCGACAUGGAGUACACGUCAUCCCCGAAACCGCAGCUCUCGUCCCGGGCAAAUGCUUUCUCCAUAGCCGCCCUGAUGUCCAGUGGGAAGCCCAGUAAGGACAAAGAGACGGAGGAGAACACCAUCAAGCCUCUCGAGCAAUUUGUGGAGAAGUCCUCCUGUAACCAGCAGUCUCUGGCUGACCUGUCCUCCCUGGACGGGCACGGGGACUUCAGCGGGAGCGCGCCGGCGGUGUGCACGGAGCCGCUCAUCCCCACCAAUCCCGGCAUCCCUAGCGAGGAGAUGGCGAAGAUCUCGUGCAGCCUGGAGACCAAAGAGCUGUGGGACAAAUUUCACGAGCUCGGCACCGAGAUGAUCAUCACCAAGUCCGGAAGGAGGAUGUUCCCCACCAUCCGGGUCUCUUUCUCCGGGGUGGACCAGGACUCCAAGUACAUCGUGCUGAUGGACAUCGUCCCGGUGGAUAAUAAGCGGUACCGGUACGCCUACCACCGCUCCUCCUGGCUGGUGGCCGGCAAGGCCGACCCUCCUCUGCCCGCCAGGUUGUACGUCCACCCGGACUCACCGUUCACCGGAGAGCAGCUCAUGAAGCAAAUGGUUUCUUUCGAGAAAGUCAAACUGACAAACAACGAACUGGACCAACACGGACACAUCAUCCUCAACUCCAUGCACAAGUACCAGCCACGGGUCCACAUCAUCAAGAAGAAGGAUCACACCGCCUCGCUGCUCAACCUCAAGUCUGAGGAGUUCCGCACCUUCGUCUUUGUCGAGACCGUCUUCACCGCCGUCACGGCCUAUCAGAACCAGCUGAUCACCAAACUGAAGAUUGACAGCAACCCGUUCGCCAAAGGAUUUCGGGACUCGUCGCGGCUGACGGAUAUGGAGAGGGAAAGUGUUGAGAAUCUGAUCCACAAGCACUCGUACGCCCGGUCGCCGAUCCGAACCUACGCUGGGGAUGAGGAGAACCUGAGCGAGGACGGACACACUGCACACACCAGAGGCUCAGCAUUUACCGCCUCAGACAACCUCUCCCUGAGCUCCUGGGUCACCACCACUUCAGGCUUCUCGGGCUUCCAGCACCCACAGUCCCUGUCAGCCAUGAGCACCGGCGCCGCCUCCCUGCCCCACCCCAUCCAGGGCUCCCUGCCCCCCUACAGCCGGCUGGGCAUGCCGCUGACGCCCACCGCUCUGGCUGGGACCAUGCAGGGCAGCGGGCCGUCCUUCCCUUCCUUCCACAUGCCCCGCUACCACCACUACUUCCAGCAGGGGCCCUACGCCGCCAUCCAGGGACUGCGCCACUCCUCCACGGUGAUGACGCCCUUUGUAUGACUCCGUCCUGGGGAGGAUCUUCGCUCUGAUCCCCAAACCAGUGCUACCAGUUAUUUCUCUGCUCCGGCUCAUCACUCCUCAUCCUGUUUGUAUCUUCUCCCCUGGUCUUUGUAAAUAGUUCACCUGCAGUGAGUGACGUGAAGAGGAUGUGGCACACUGACGGCCAGUCCAGAAAAAAAGAAGGACUGUGGCGCCUCCACAGGACCUGCGGACAGGAACACUUCGGUGUCAUUGUACAAACACUAACAACCUCAGUACGAACUAUAAAUGAGAGACGAUACGAGGGGCAUGUUUGGUCUCAGCCCUCGAAGAACAGAAAGUGGAUCCUCAACUCAACAGGGUCUCCACGAGGCUUUAAAGAUGGCAGGUCGCUGUGUGAUCCUCCAACAACGCUACCUAAAGCUUCUGGAGGGACUCAUGUGAUGCUGCAGUGUGUUGUGACGCCAAGGCUCAGCCUGAGUCUGUGAACAUUUCAGCAUAUCUCAGCUCUCGUCUGUUUUCUAGAAAGCCAGCCAUAUGUACAGUUCAGACUUCACGCUCUGUUAAAAAAAAUAUCAGAAACACACGUUAAUGUACAGAGAUGAAUAUGCAACAUUUACUCGUAGGAAAAUUCUCACUGUAGAGUGCAAAAAAAAAAAAGAGAAAAUCAUAGGACGCAUGCUGACCGCAGUAGACAAACAGGCUGGGGAAACUUUAUAUGGAAUAAUAUGGGAUGGAUAAGCUCUAACCUGCGACAUGGGUGGAGGCUCUUUGCAUAUUUUUAAGGCUCGGUCACACCAGCAGAUGAAACGGCAACAAUUUGCAUCCAAAUUAAUUCAUUUUAGUGAAUCGGGAUGAAGUGAAGUAUUUUUCACCUGGGGUUGAACUUUUGACGUGCAAAUUUCACACCGUGUUAACGGAGAGCGGGAAAAUGGAGGAAGCUAUUGUAGCUUUUUGGCUGUGUGGUUUUUAUUUAAUCUCCUCUGUUGGAUUAUAAACGUCUCCACAAAAGAGGAAUGGAUUACAAACAGACACAAGACAGGAAGUGAUUGAUCAAAUACGUCCUCUGAAUUAACUGUGUGUUGGCUACCUAGCCAAGGAGCUACUUAAGUGACAGUUUGCAAGCUAGCUACUUCUGCGAGCUUUCUGUCCCUCAUCUUGACUGACUAGGGCUAGCAUGUUAGCCGUUAGCUCACCAGCUCAUUAAUUAGCCCUGUGAGAAGCGCCCAGGUCACAAAACCUCUAAAACCAACCCAUUCUCAUUCUGGCCGAGGGGUUUGACGCCCUGAGAAUGAGAACAGGCUGCUUAAAACUCGCCUAUUUUGCGAAUUCGUGCAGAUUAAUUUUGCCAUUAGUUUCUGGUGUGACCGAGCUUUAACUAAAACAGAUUCACCUACAAAAUGUGUUGAGUUCAAAUCAUCAGUUUUAAAGUCAACAUAUUUUAAUUCACCUGGUGAAACUGGCCACAACCAUUAGGUCUCAUAAACCUGUUUCCACUGGCAGAAUUUUAACUCAGUGAUCAUGUAAUCUCUUUAAUAUGUACAGACACAUUUUAAGGGGUUCUCCAUAUUUUUUUUUCCACACAAACAGAGCAGCAAUCUGUGCAGAAGCAUUGAGUUUUAUCUCCACAGUGUUUUCAGUCGCCGUCUGUCGGCUGCGGCCUUUUAGCAGCUGGUCCUUAGCAGGUGUUACGGAGCUGAUUCAUGGCAGCGUUAGAGCGUGUCGACAGGGCGUCCACACCUGGAAAUAAUGACUCUGUGCUGCCGUCUCAUUUAAAUCACGCAGGGAGGAAGAAGCUGGAAGCUGCUGGAGUCGACUCACACUCGGUGUCGGUGCAGGUGCAUAAAAAUGGCAGCUCACUGGUGGAGUAAUUUAAUUGGUCCUCGUAAAUAAUGUAGCUUUGGGAAGGCAUUUUACUAUGAAGAUUCAUUUUGAGUCCAGGAGCUCCACAACAAAAACUCUCCAUCGAACCAAGUCACUGUUGUCUACAGUUGAUUCCUAAAAACUAAAGCUGGACUGACGUAUCGUAAAAUAUUAGUUUUUCUCUGUAUCUGUUUUUAUGUCAGCCGAUAAUUGACAACAAACUGCAGGAAAAAAAACUGCCAAAAUAUGUUUAUUUUUCAUCUGUAAAACUAUUUAGGGGCUGCAACAACUUAACAAUUAGUGUUAAUGAUUCUUCUGCUGAUUAUUUUUGUCUUUAAAAUGUCAUGUUUUCCAGCUAUCAGUCCAAACCCCCCAAAAUACUUAGCUUAGUGUCUUUAUCACAAAGAAAAGCAUAAAAUCCUGACAUUUGAGCAGCGUUUAAAAAACAACUGGAACAAGUAGUCAUUCAUCAAAACACCUGCUGACUAACUAAUCGAUUAAUCUGCUGAUUGAUAAAGAAUUUAGAACAGAAACAAGCAGAUUAAAGGGAUCCUCAUCAUGAAUUUAUCAGCUGAAAAAAUUUUAAAAUAUGAUUAUCGGUAUCAGCCUCAAAAUCCAGUGUUGAUCACAUUCUACUAAAAAUGUUUUUUUCUAAAGUCUACCAUGACAGCAGAAUUUAUUAUAAUCUUUAUUUAUUUUAUAAUAAUCUUUAUUUAUAAAGUGCUUUUCAAAACAGAGUUACAAAGUGAUUUACGUGUCAAUAAUUAAAACAGACAAGACGUGAAAGCAACUUUUAAAAGAACUGAUAAAAACAUUUUAGCGUAUAAAAACUGAGGAAAUAAAUGAACUUAAACUCAAGUAAAAUCAGGAAAGGCUCUCUGAUAAAAGUAUGUUAUAAGAAGGGACUUAAAAGAGAUCACUGACUCGGCCGACCUCAUAUCCUCAGGCAGAUUGUUCCAGAGCCUCGGGGCCCUGACAGCAAAUAUCCUUUAGUUUUCAGACGGGCCUCUGGAACAGACAAGACCUCAAAGUACGUCCUGGUGAGCCUUUAAAGUAAUCAGUAAAAUCCUAAAAUCUGUUCUAAAACAUACUGGGAGCCAGUAAAGAGGGUAAAACUGGAGUGAUGUGAUCACAUCUCUUGGUUCUUUAAUUUAUUCAACACAAACCAGCUGCAGUCUCAAGUCAAGUGUCACUUAAGUUACUUGUUUCAUGAUAGUGAUGCUUGUUUCUAAAAAGAAAUCACUGAUACAAGUUGAAUAAUACUGGAAACAACUGAUGAUCUUCCCACUGAGGAAAAUGUGACUCCUUAAACACACUGAUUGACAACAUGACUGGUUCUGGUGGAGACUUUUUGCAGUGAGGUUGUCACGUUUUCUGCACAAAAUCCAAAGAAACACAUGGAGGAGUAUUUCAGCUUGUUGCAUCAUGAAAGCAUUCAGACUCAUCAGACGUUGGGCGUUAUGUUGUUUCAGGUGUGUGAUGGACGGUGAGACACUUUGAAUGCUGCUCUGUGGAGGCAGAACUCAAUCUGAUGUAUAAAAGUGAUCCAUGACACUGUAAAUGUCCCACAUUUUCAUAUGAAGCCUGUCACAGUGGAAUAUGGACGUACAUGUUCUGUUCUGACCCCUUGCAUCAUUCAUGUGCAAGCAGUUCAUCUUGUACUUUUAGUCUUUGCUUUGGAGGUCAGCUUUUGGUCUUUUCCUGAUGUGCAGCCUGAGCUUUGUUUGUACACAUGAACUCAACGUUGGUUUCCAUCAGUGUAAAUGUAAAACACACCAUACGCACAGUCCCGACUGACCACUGAAAAUAAUCUCUCUUUUUUUAAAGGUUUUCUUUUGUAUGCCAUAACAUGAAUACGACACCGAACGAGAUUGUGUUUUGAUGAUUUUUAAGUGCAAUAUAUUUAUUUUGCUCUCUGGAAAUAAUGUGUAAUGUAACUAUGCCGCAUUUAAAAAAAAUAGUUAUUUGUAAACCUUGAGAAAUAUAUAUCACCACCACCCAAAACUCUGAGUUACUGUUUUC